AAAAGCAAGUGGGAGGUGGUAUGAACCAAACAUUUACUCACGGCAGGGCUCUUCAUAUUUCAUCCAGAGCAGCGCAUGGAUCCGGGCUCAGGCACACUGUCCGCCGCUGUCUGUCCUGGAUGCUGGGCGGUCUGAGACGGGAGGCUGUAGCUGCUGCAUCCCUCAUUUUGAACAUACCUUACUGACAACUGUGACAGCUUGAACUGAGCAGACAGGAGCAGCACGGGAGCCGUUGUUUCGCGUACAGUACCGGUGGAGACAGUGCUGUGGAGAUGGAGCGGUGGAAAGGCAGAGUGGCCCUGGUGACCGGAGCCUCGGUGGGCAUUGGAGCGGCUGUAGCUCGGGCACUGGUCCAGCAAGGCAUGAGGGUGGUCGGCUGUGCCAGGAAUGUGGACAAAAUAGAGAAGCUGGCAGCAGAAUGUCAGAGUGCGGGCUACAGCGGCACGCUGAUCCCUUACAAGUGUGACCUGUCCAACGAGGAGGAGAUCCUGUCCAUGUUUUCAGCCAUCAAGACGCUACACAAGGGCGUGGACGUGUGCAUCAACAACGCCGGGCUGGCCCACGAUGAGCCCUUGCUCAGCGGGAAAACAGAGGGCUGGAGGAACAUGAUCGACGUGAAUGUCUUGGCCUUGUCCAUCUGCACCCGAGAGGCAUACAAAUCAAUGAAGGAGAGGAAUGUGGAUGAUGGCCACAUCAUCAAUAUUAACAGUAUGGGUGGGCACCGAGUGGUCCCGAGUGGCGACGAGCAUUUCUAUUGUGCCACUAAAUACGCGGUGACUGCUUUGACCGAGGGGAUCCGGCAAGAGCUGCGAGAAGCAAACACCCACAUCAGAGCCACAUGUAUAUCUCCUGGAAUAGUCGAGACGGAGUUUGCCUUCCGGCACCACAACAGUGAUCCAGAGAAAGCAGCCGCGGUAUACGAGAGUAUGAAAUGUUUGAAAGCAGAAGACGUAGCCAGUGCAGUCACAUUUGUCCUCAGUGCCCCUCCUCAUGUCCAGAUUGGAGAUGUGCAGAUGAGGCCAGUAGAGCAGGUGUCAUAGCAGUGGAACAGGAAGCUGGAGGAGGAGCAGACCAGACGGCAGCCAUGGUGACUCCAUAGCAACCUCUGCUGGGCAAGGGUGGGGUGGGCGGGGGGGGGGGGGGGGGGGGGAAUUAAACAAAUCAACUACAGCUGUGUUGGAUCUGCAGGGCCAUGGUCAAAGGGCAUGAGCCUUAAGGAGGCUGUGCGAGGAAAUUAAGGGCACGGACUUUGUAAACCACUGCGAAAAUACUACUGAAUGCAGCAACCUGGUAUUUGUGAAUCGUUGAGCCCAGUCCCCGAACUGAGCCGACUCCAACAAAUAACAAAGGAGAGAGUUGCUGCUGUGCUGUGUGGUCAUCCGCACAACCAUCAAUUCAGAGGGAAGAGUAUGCCAUUGAUUGCACAUGUUUUUUGUAGGUCACAUGACAUAUCGUUUUGAAAUUAAAUGGAAAGAUUAAUUGCUGUUUAUAAGUGACAUUUUUUUUGUUUUAAUCUUUUCUUUUUAUAAAUGUUUUAACUUUUGAUCAUAGAUAGAUGUGGUGUCAUACACACUAACCAUAGACAGUACUAUGUCUUACCCACUGUAACUAACAUCAGUCUGUCCAUGCUGCCACCUUUACUCACCGUCUGUUUUCACAAAGGCUUUCACCCACUCAUAAGGAAUCUGGAAAAAGCACAGGUGCCAUUGCCUGUUCAGCACAUGGGUUUCUACUAUCCACCUCUUUUGACUGUGUAAUUUCAGUCGUUCUGCACUUUGGAUUCAUUUAUGAGGAAUUACAAGAAGGAAACACUGGCAACUUAUGUAGGGAAAAAGAACUAACUCUGUAAAUGUAUACCCUAUAAAUGUGGACCUCACAGUGGAAAUUUCUCCUUAAAUGAAUAAAUAAAAACAAUUGCCCGGAAA